CGGCAUUCCGCCACCUCGCAGUUCCCCACCCGACCUUCCCAGUUCCCACCAACCAGCUCUUCCAGCCUCCGCAGGCCACCGCUCCGCUCCGCCCACCUUCCGCUGCAGUUGCACCGUAGCCCGGUCCGUCGUUCGCGACCCGUCGCCGUCAAGCGACCACGCCAAUCACAAACCGUGAUCACCACCCACCCUCCGGCCUCCGCGGGCGGGACCCGCCGACCAAUGGGCACCCCCUGCCCCAACCUCGCCGCUCUCGCGAUUCGCCGCAGCGGCGGCCGCCUGUUCGAGCGGUAGGGAUUGCCCUCGUCCUCGUGGGCGCGGGAGACCUGGUGGCGCGGGCGCGAGGCGAGGCGAGGCCGCGAGGGGGCAACGAUGAUCUUCGGGUCGGGGCUGAAUCUCCUCAGCGCGGCGCUCGGUUUCGGCAUGACCGCCGUCUUCGUCGCGUUCGUCUGCGCGCGGUUCAUCUGCUGCCGCGCCCGGGGCGUGGACGACGGCGCCCCGACGCCGGUGGACUUUGACGUUGACUUCCCGGCAGAUCUCGAACGCCCGGUAGAGGAUGCUAAUUGUGGGUUGGAACCUUUGGUUAUUGCUGCAAUUCCUAUUAUGAAGUACUCUGAGGCUUUAUAUUCGAAGGAUGAUGCCCAGUGCUCCAUAUGUCUAGGUGAAUACACUGAGAAAGAGCUUUUAAGAAUCAUUCCGACAUGUCAACAUAACUUUCACCGUACCUGCUUAGACUUAUGGUUGCAGAAGCAGACUACUUGCCCAAUAUGCCGGGUCUCGUUGAAAGAGUUGCCUAGCGGCAAAGCUGCCAUAGCACCUUCAUGUAGCAACCCUCAAGUGCGCCCCCGCACUGAGAACUCUGUUAAUCCAGCACCUGACUGGCUCCCCCCUGUUCAUCAUUCUCACAGAGGUCAACAGAAUAGUUCAGACACACAAGGAUCAGUAGAAGUGGUUAUUGAGAUACGCCAAUAAGGACAGCAUGAGAUUGCUAUGGAAGAGAGCAAAGCGGGAAUAUGUAAUAGAUUUCCUGCCUCACUGCAUUGUUGCAGCAUCCUAAUUGGACCGGCAUUGUAUGCAACCUCGUUAUAGGUAAUGUGUAAACAUUUGUUGUACAUUUCGCAAUGUAGAUUAGCAUACAGUGUUAUGUCACAAACACUUUCAAUGUUCUGUUCUAAUGCUCUGUAUAUCGCAAAAAUGGUAAAGAAAAAUUGGAUGUUAGAUAAA